ACGCUGCGGGGCGGGCGGACGGGCUGCGGGGCGGACGGUGGACGCAGGGACGCCGAUUUAGCUGUGGCCCCGCCACCGAUCCGACCCCUGCCGUUGUUGCCGCCAUGACGGGGCUAGCACUGCUCUACUCCGGAGUCUUCGUGGCCUUCUGGGCCUGCCUGCUGGUCGUGGGAACUUGCUACACCAUUUUUGACCUGGGCUUCCGCUUUGAUGUGGCCUGGUUCCUGACCGAGACUUCCCCCUUCAUGUGGUCAAACCUGGGCAUUGGCCUGGCCAUCUCCCUGUCUGUGGUUGGGGCAGCCUGGGGCAUCUAUAUCACGGGCUCCUCCAUCAUUGGGGGAGGGGUGAAGGCCCCCAGGAUCAAGACCAAGAACCUGGUCAGCAUCAUCUUCUGUGAGGCUGUGGCCAUUUACGGCAUCAUCAUGGCAAUCGUCAUUAGCAACAUGGCUGAGCCUUUCACUGCCACCGACCCCAAAGCCAUCGGCCAUAGGAAUUACCAUGCAGGCUACUCCAUGUUUGGGGCCGGCCUCACAGUGGGCCUGUCCAAUCUCUUCUGUGGUGUCUGCGUGGGUAUUGUGGGCAGCGGAGCCGCCCUGGCUGACGCUCAGAACCCUAGCCUCUUUGUCAAGAUUCUCAUCGUGGAGAUCUUUGGUAGCGCCAUCGGCCUCUUUGGGGUCAUCGUUGCGAUCCUUCAGACCUCCAGAGUGAAGAUGGGUGACUAGAGGAGCAGUGUGGCAGGGCGGUGCCCUGCUCUUAUUUAUUGUCAGUGUCCUGGGACAGCUGGAGCUGGGCCCCUGAGCCUUGCAGGGGGCUUGAUGUUCAGGGCCCUCACCACCCAUCAAGUCAGAGGCAUCACAGUCCAGGCUGACCCCAGCAUGGGGAAUGGACCGCUGAUGGCAACUGUUGGCACAGCACACACCUGUGUCCUCUAUCGCUCCCCCAACACACACACCCCUUGUCUCAGUGUUUGUGAAAUAAACGUGGUGAUUGUCUGGA